AUGUUCUCGCUGCCUCUGCAGGGCAAUUUUUUUGAUCCUAGUAUACUGAAAUUGAGCAAAAUAAAGAAGAUGAGGUGGAGGAUAACCCAGCAAUAUGACCGACAUCCCUUCAUCACUCUCCUACAGGGCAUAUAUAGCUGUCGCUGGAAACGCUACCAGUGGUUUGAGCUAGAGAAUGGUAUUAAUUGCUGUUUGCCGGGAGAUCAGAUAUUUUUCCCCUUCCUGGUUGCGACAUUAUGCUUGUCAUUCGUGUUUCUGUACAUGUGGCUGGAAGCCAAGAACGACUACGCCACCUUUGACGAGUAUGUUUACCAGUUCACAAAACAUUGGUUUUACUGGUCCUUCUUUCUGGUGAUUUCAGCCUCAGUCAUGGUCAGUUACAUCAUGCUGCUCAUGAUCAUAGGGAUCUGUUUGCUAGCAGAAGGGCAGCAGCUAUACCUGCAUUGGUGCAACAAGAUUGGCGCUCUGUUGGUCUUGAGCAUAUGCAUCCUUGCUUUUCUAUCCAUAAACUUAUUUUAUGAGGAAAAAUGGAAAGCUGCUGAGGUAUCACUACAGAUGACUGCUCCCUAUGUACAUCUCUUUGGCAUAUGCAUGAUGGUGGUUUUCUCAUGGCCCAUAGCCUUCUAUUUUGCCAAGUUGAAUAGAACAGCCCUUAUGGAAGUGGAGCACAAAGUUCAGAAAGAAGCCUAUGAAAAGUCUAGGAAAAUAAUGAAAAUUAGAGCCAUUCAGUUCGUCAGCAUUAUUUCCUUCCUGGUCGUUCUUUUCAUUAUGUACGCCAUCCCCCUAGGGAUACGUUCUCCCUGUCUCCAAGAAAACAAGACCCUGGGACCCAAACCAACUUUCAUUGGGCACAGAGGCGCACCAAAGCUAGCACCAGAGAAUACCCAGAUGGCCUUUGAGAAAGCUAUUGAACAUGGUGCCACAGGGCUGGAGACUGAUGUCACCCUCAGUUAUGAUGGUGUUCCUUUCCUCAUGCAUGACCCCACCCUGAGAAGAACAACCAAAAUCCAUGAGAUCUUGCCAGAUUUCUCUGACAUUCCUGCUUCUAUGUUCACUUGGCAAAUCCUGGAAACCCUGAACUCAGGCCAAUGGUUCUUCAAGGCUAAGCCAUUUAAAUUCAUGGCACCACUGACAAAAGAAGAUGAAGAGAUGGCAAAGAAUCAGUCAAUUAUGAAACUAAGCAGUUUCUUGAGACUUGCAAACAAGGAAAAUAAACUGGUGAUAUUUGAUCUCUACCGUCCCCCAAAGAAACAUCCUUACAGAAAUACGUGGAUCAUGAAAGUGUUAGAAGUGAUGAUCAAUGAAGUUGGGAUUAAAAGCCAGCUGGUCCUUUGGUUGCCAGGGCAGUACAGGUCAGAUGUCUGAAUGUUAGCUCCACGUUUCAGACAAGUGCUGGGAAAGAAGUUGCCUCUUCCUGACCUCUUGAGAAUGGGAAUUAGAGGAUUGAACCUUGCUUACAAGGACAUAAACAGCAAGGAUAUCAAGGAAUAUGAGAAGUAUGGCAUCUUCACCAACAUCUAUGUGAUCAAUGAGCCCUGGUUAUACUCCCUGGCCUGGUGUGCUGGGGUUCAUUCGGUCACCACUAAUACCAUCCAGAUACUGAAGAACAUUAAAAGCCCAUUCUUCUUAAUGACACCAGAGGAGUAUAUGAGAAUGUGGAUACUGCUGGACUUGAUCUCUGCCUUAGUCAUUAUGAUUGUGUUUUUUUUCCACUGGUGGAGACAGAAAGGAUGGUGUGAACUGAUUGUGAAAAAGUCAAGCCCAGUAUUUCCAAUGUCUGGGGUUACAGGUGUUGAAGAGACUAUUGAGGAGGUCCAAAAACAAAAUAAAAACAUCGAAAAUCAGGAAGAAAUUCCAGUAUCAUCAAGUCCUUCCGACAAAACGACAGAAUAUUGGGAUUCCCUCUUGGAAAUGAAACGAGAAAAAGUGAAAAUGACCAGGAGCCUGAGUACAGAGAGUGUUGUGGGAUCGAGUGAUGAAGGCAUGAAAGGAAAUAUGUUUCCUACAAGCGUAAGCAAAGACACUGGGAAAAGAUCAGAUGAAGAAGAAGUACUAGGCAUGUCUCAUUGUGUAGGAGAAGAGAAAGGGGGUGUCUUUGGAAAUGAAAGUGAUAAAAAAAAAGAUAUCAAUAAA